UUAAAUAGACCAUGGAGAAUUUAUUAUCUCUGCUCUCUUGUCAUUAUUCUUUGCUGAUUUUAUUUCAGUACAAAUACCAGGUGUAUGGAAACUAUUCCCAGCUACCCAAACACCCAGGGUUCAAAGUUCUUGCAUCAGCUUCCCAUUACUGGCCGUUGGAAGAUGUGGAUGGAAUUCAUGAGUUUCGGGAUACGAAUGGAGCUCUAAGAAUCCACAACUUCACUGUGCUUCCUUCCCAUAACUCUACCUUUGUAUAUACCAAUGACUCUGCCUACUCUAACUUCUCUGCAACUGUAGAUAUUGUAGAAGGAAUGGUGAACAAAGGAAUUUACGUCACUGAAAAGAAAGGAGUUACCUUUCUCUUCUUUGGAAGCUAUCAAAAUUCUUGCAUUAGUAAUCCAGAAGUUUGUGGACCUGAAGGAGUAACAUUUUCCUUUUUCUGGAAGACUCAAGAUCAGCAGGCUAAGUUUCUCCCUGCCUCUGGCGGACAAGUAAUUUCCAGUGGUUUCAAAAUCUGCUCAAAUGAAGGUGAAGGCUCAGUGGAAUUUUACACCCGUGGGAAUGCAAUGAUGAAGUGGAAAGCAAGCUUUAGUCCGCCAGGUCCUUAUUGGACUCAUAUUCUCUUUACUUGGAAAUCAAGAGAAGGACUGAAAGUCUACGUCAAUGGAACUCUGAACACAACUGAUCCGGAUGGGAAAGUUUUCUAUGACUACGGAGAUCCCAGUGCAAAUCUACUGACUGGGACAGAGGAGGAUCAAACUAAGCGCUAUGUGAAUGGGGCAUUUGAUGAAUUCAUUAUAUGGGAAAGGGCACUCACCCCCAACGAAAUUGAGCAGUACUUUACAGCUGCUAUUGGUGUGCAAGUUUUGCUUUCUUAAACGCUUCCAUGGUCUGUGAUGACAACCACUACAAAACCUGUGCUCUCUACAAACGCCUAUCGUCCCAUCAUAACUAACCUGACCGAGGAGAGAGGGAACUUCCGCUCCCCCGACACCAUGCUGGGUUACCUGGAGAACGUGUCCUUCAGCUUGCCCAACAAAUCCUUGUCAGAAAAUACUGCUCUAAGCCUGACAGAGGCAUUUUUAAAAGCUGUUGAAGACUUUCUGUUACUGCCCAACUGGAUUGAUGUACCAGAGACCGCUCACGUAUUUGGAAGUUUAAUUCAAACUAUUGACAGUGUGAUGGCUCAUAUGACGCACAAUCUGGAUGAAAACUCAUUACCUUUAACUGUUGAGGGCACGACAUCUGUGGCAGAUUACACCUUGGUCAAAAUGCAUCCUCAGACUCUGAAUUUGUCGCACUAUCGAUUUCCAUAUCGAGGACAGAGUUAUAUUUCCAUUCCCAGUGAAGCUUUUCAUGAAAAAGCUUGGAUUACCAUUGUCGGCCUGCUUUACCAUAACAUGCACUAUUUCUUUCAUAAUAUCAACCCUAUGGAUACCAAGAUUGCUGAAGCUGCUGCCUACAAAGGUUAUAUGAUCUCAGCAACCAGUUAUCUUAUCUCUAUCAAAGUGGAACCUCUACCCAAGUUGUCCCACAAUCUGUCAGGAUCUCCCCUUAUUACCAUCCAGCUCACCCACAAAUUGACUCCCAGACAAUACAGCCAAGCACUAAAUAAGAGUAACAGAGUUCAUCUUUACUGUGCAUUUCUGGACUAUAGCAAUGGAACUGGUGUUUGGUCUAAUGAAGGUUGUGUGCGUGAGAGUGGGGACCUCAACUACUCAGUGUGUCUUUGUAACCACCUCACUAACUUCGCCAUUCUGAUGCAAGUGGUGCCUCUGAAGCUAACAAGAGAACACCAGGUGGCCCUCUCCUCCAUCACUUACAUUGGCUGCGCUCUGUCCAUCUUCUGCUUGACGAUCACGCUGGUCACAUUUGCUAUAUUGUCGUCUGUCAGCACCAUCCGCAACCAGCGCUAUCAUAUCCAUGCCAAUCUGUCCUUUGCUGUCUUGGUGGCUCAGAUCCUGCUUCUCACCAGCUUUCAGUUCAGCCCUGGGACGGUGCCUUGCAAGAUCUUGGCCAUUCUCCUUCAUUUUUUCUUCCUGAGUGCUUUUGCAUGGAUGCUGGUGGAAGGAUUUCAUCUUUACAGUAUGGUGAUCAAAGUAUUUGGGUCAGAAGAGAGCAAGCACUUGUAUUACUACGGAAUUGGAUGGGGCUGCCCACUGGUGAUUUGUGUAAUUUCUACAACAUCGUCCCUAGACAGCUAUGGAGAAAGUGGCAACUGCUGGCUUUCACUAGAGAAUGGAGCAAUCUGGGCUUUUGUGGCACCGGCGUUGUUUGUAAUUCUGGUCAAUAUCGGUAUUCUCAUUGCUGUCACAAGAGUUAUCUCAAGAAUCAGUGCAGACAACUAUAAGGUCCACGGAGAUGCCAAUGCCUUCAAACUAACAGCUAAAGCCGUUGCUGUUCUCUUACCAAUCUUGGGGAGCUCGUGGAUCUUUGGGAUUUUGGCUGUCAAUGCCCAUGCAUUAGUAUUUCAGUAUAUAUUUGCCAUUUUCAAUUCACUACAAGGAUUUUUCAUGUUCCUGUUUCACUGUCUUCUGAAUUCAGAGGUUAGAGCUGCCUUUAAGCACAAAACCAAGGUCUGGUCCCUUACCAGUAGUUCAACUCGCAACAUCAAUGUGAAACCCUUCAAUUCAGACAUUAUGACUGGGAACAGGCCAGGCACGACCCCCACCAAGCUGAACACCUGGGAUAAAAGCACCAAUUCAGCCAACCGCAUUGACUUAUCAGCAGUCUGA